AUAUACCUAGCAGUGAGAUUUCUGGGUCAUAUGGUAUCUCUAUUUUUAGUUUUAUGAGGAACUUCCAUACUGUUCUCCAUAGUGGUUAUACUAAUUUACAUUCCCACAAACACGAGGGUUCCUUUUUUUUCCACAACCUUGCUAGCAUUUGUUAUUGCCUGAGCACCUUUUCAUAUACCUGUUUGCUAUUUGCAUGUCUUCUUUUGAGAAAUGUCUAUUCAAAUCUUUUGCCCAUUUAUUACUCGGACUAUUAGAUUUUUUUUUUCCUAUAGAGUUGUUGGAGCUCCUCAUAUAUUCUGGUUAUUAAUCCCUUGUCAGAUGGAUAGUUCCCAUUCUGUGGGUUGUCUCUUCACUUUGUUUCCUUUGCUGUGCAGAAGCUUUUUAGCUUAAUAUGAUCCCAUUUGUCCAUUCUUUUCUUUGGUUGCCUGUACUGUGACGACAUCUUAAAGUUGUGAGUUUGGGGAUUGCCUGCCUUGUAUAUUCUUUUCUGUUACCAUCAUCUUUAAUAGCCACAAAUGAUUGUUGACCCACAUGGUAUCUGCACUAGAAACCCCAAUAUUCCCGUCAUUAUUUUUGUUGAUUAUAUGGAAGCACCCAUAAACCAGCGCAAAUCCUAAACAUAAUUACCUUGUCCAGAAGGAGACAUUAAUGUAAAACAUUUAUGUCAAUAAAGAUUUAGCCACAUUCUCUCGGAUUGGUCAUUCCUAGUUAGAGUCCUUGAGGCUGCCAUCGUUUACUUUGAAAACUGCCCAGCAGGUGUAUGAAUAGCAACUCCAGGACAAUGUAGAACCGUUACCAUUUUAAAGACAGCAAUCCCCCUUUAAAAAAACUACCGAGGCCUUCGAAGAAAACACACGGCUGCCUUGGGCCCCAAAAGCUGCGGAAAAGCGCAGUAUUCAGUUAAGCAAAUAACUACUUAACACUGUUUAUUUUGGUUACGAUUCCUUAAGUGAGAAGUAAAUCAAUUAACAGGACAAAUGACACGAUGGUUAGGCACUAAAGGGACAGUGCUGCCAGCCUCAUUAGCUUGGAGCAACCUUCCAGCUCAUACCAUGCGGACUGAUGACUAACCUUGCCAGGCAACGCUCUGAGGUUUGGAAACCCACCUCUUUGACCUAGGCCCGGUCAACAUCGAUCAACCCUCUGAAUCAACGCUGGCGCUCCCAAGCCCACUCACACGCCGUCAGGAAGCAGUUUCCGAAACAGGCCGGGUGCGGGGGUGGGGGAUCCCGUUCCAGCCCCACCCCUGAAAGUUGCUGGGAGUGGCACCCAAAGAACUUUCCCAGAUAGAUCUCUGUUGCCGCUCAGGGAGGUCAGCUCCAGGCCCUCAGCCUUUCGGCCGGGAGCUAAACUGCCCUGCCUGCCAAGCCCCUCCUUCUCUGCACCUUAAACAGCCGCGAGGGGAGAGUCGGCUGGGAUUUUCUUCUUAAGAAGUCGCGCAGGUUUUUCGAGCUCCACUCUGCACCAGGAGAGCCACGGCAGCAGGAACGGGCACUGCUGCCACCGGGCCGACGGAGCUGCAUCCUGUGGCCCUAUAACACUCUUCUCCAAAAGGACCUUCCAGAGACUGGGAGUGUUGACUGCUGCAAGGACCAAGGUGGGAAUUUCUGUGCUACCAUCUGGAAACAGUGGGAUAGUAACAUCUUUUUGAGGAAAGAAUUGGCUUCCUUUCUUGAAAGUGGUGAAGGUAUAGCAUAUAGCUGCAUGGAAGGAACAGUAAUCGGAUGGCUACCUUCUACAUUUUGUAUUAGGAAACAAAGUCCAUUGUAAGAGUCCAUGUUGAUCUUGGAAAUAGAAGGAUUAAAAAAAGCUAAAUUUCCACAAAGAACAAGAACUUGACCAUCUCCUUUUUGAUCUGAAGACUAGGGAACAAUGGAUAUCAUAGAGACAGCAAAACUUGAAGAACAUUUGGAAAAUCAACCCAGUGAUCCUACGAACACUUACGCAAGACCCGCUGAACCUGUUGAAGAAGAAAACAAAAAUGGCAAUGGUAAACCCAAGAGCUUAUCCAGUGGGCUGCGAAAAGGCACCAAAAAGUACCCAGACUAUAUCCAAAUUGCUAUGCCCACUGAAUCAAGGAACAAAUUUCCACUAGAGUGGUGGAAAACGGGCAUUGCCUUCAUAUAUGCAGUUUUCAACCUCGUCUUGACAACCGUCAUGAUCACAGUUGUACAUGAGAGGGUCCCUCCCAAGGAGCUUAGCCCUCCACUCCCAGACAAGUUUUUUGAUUACAUUGAUAGGGUGAAAUGGGCAUUUUCUGUAUCAGAAAUAAAUGGGAUUAUAUUAGUUGGAUUAUGGAUCACCCAGUGGCUGUUUCUGAGAUACAAGUCAAUAGUGGGACGCAGAUUCUGUUUUAUUAUUGGAACUUUAUACCUGUAUCGCUGCAUUACAAUGUAUGUUACUACUCUACCUGUGCCUGGAAUGCAUUUCCAGUGUGCUCCAAAGCUCAAUGGAGACUCUCAGGCAAAAGUUCAGCGGAUUCUACGAUUGAUUUCUGGUGGUGGAUUGUCCAUAACUGGAUCACAUAUCUUAUGUGGAGACUUCCUCUUCAGCGGUCACACGGUUACACUGACACUGACUUAUUUGUUCAUCAAAGAAUAUUCGCCUCGUCACUUCUGGUGGUAUCAUUUAAUCUGCUGGCUGCUGAGUGCUGCCGGGAUCAUCUGCAUUCUUGUAGCACAUGAACACUACACUAUCGAUGUGAUCAUUGCUUAUUAUAUCACAACACGACUGUUUUGGUGGUACCAUUCAAUGGCCAAUGAAAAGAACUUGAAGGUCUCUUCACAGACUAAUUUCUUAUCUCGAGCAUGGUGGUUCCCCAUCUUUUAUUUUUUUGAGAAAAAUGUACAAGGCUCAAUUCCUUGCUGCUUCUCCUGGCCGCUGUCUUGGCCUCCUGGCUGCUUCAAAUCAUCAUGCAAAAAGUAUUCACGGGUUCAGAAGAUUGGUGAAGACAAUGAGAAAUCGACCUGAGGAGCAAAACAAAGGCAUCGGCUCUUACACCAAAAGAGUUAACGCUGUAACCAAAGGUAUAGUUUUGUUUUUUAUUUUAGGAGAACUGACUGGUAAAUGAAGAAAUGGACCAAAUUUUGUGUAAAUGAUUAGAAAGAUGAACAAAGUAUUACCCUUUGACUGGUUUUCUUCUUCAUCCUGAGAAAGAUACAUUCUCUUGCAGCUCUUCAUUCAUUGGUGACAAGCCCCCACCCCGGGACUUUACUAAUGAGCUUGUCAAAGAGGUGCCAAAGAACAUAUUCCUCCUUUCUUUCUUCUUUCUCCACCAAAACCCUUUACUUCAGAUUUUUUUCAGGAUAUUUUUCAUCCCAAGGUCAGAAGAAUGUGUUAAUAUUUUAAAUAAAAUAUCUGGACAUCUACAGCCACUGUGUAAAUACAACAGCCUAAUGUUGAGAGUGGUUUUUAGCAUUAGGUUUAGCAAGGGGGAGAUCCAUGGGUUGUGCGUCAGCUUUGGGUGAAUUUUGUUUCUACUCUGUCACGGGGAAAGUUUGGGUUGAGUCCAGGAGUGCACACUGCUGCUGCCACCCAAUGCGCUACGUAUCACUUUUUUUUUUGUUUUGUUUUGUUUUUAAAAGAUCAUUUUAUCUUAAAAAGGAAAGCUGAUCCAAGUAAACACGAAAGUAUUUGACACACCCCACAGAUUUUACAUAUGUUUAAAUGUUUCACUUUAAAAUCUCUAUGACAGAUACACAGGAAACAUGAGAUGGUUUCUGCUAAUGAGUGGCCCUUGAGUACACACUUAGAUGCUGUCUGCCCUGUAAAUUUGGAUCUGGUGCCCCAGGGCAGUCAACUCUUCUAGCACAGGCUGAAAACACGUGUGUGUCAACUGAGGUUCACGCCACUUGGGGAAUGAGCCUGUUUUCUUUCCAGGUCAGGCCCUGGUGUGAGAUCAAUUUUAGGGCUCCUAAUUGGAGCACAGAAAUAUAUUUGGUCAAAUUUCAUUGAAGGUGAUUUCUUCCUUUUUAUGUUGUACUUUAUGGAAAAAACAAGACGGAACCUGAAAGUUAAUGUAUCCUUGCUUUUAGCAAGAGACUCAGCUUCUUACAACUAGUCCUAAGGACAUAUGCCACAACUGAGUAAUUUUACUUUUACCCAGUGAAAAUAACAUGGUGCUGCACUAUAAUAUACUCUCGGAAUCAGUGUGUUAGUUACAGUUACACAGUGAAGGGGGAUAACUGUUUCUAAAUUUCUUUAAGGUGAUGCCAAAAAAUGGAUUAAAAAAUCUGAUCAGAUUUAAUGUUACCAGAUUUAGUGCAUUAUUUAAUGCUAUUGGAUCUUUUGGAUAAUUCUUGGCUUAAUUUCUUAACUACUUGAAGGUUAAUUUGCAAGACUUUUAAAACCUUAGAAAAGUUUUAAGGUUGCAAAGUUAUCAACACUAGGGCAGAGGGUGGAGAGGCCAAUGCAGGUAGAAGGAGGCAGUUAUGUUGAUAUUGAAGGUGAAAUUUUUCUUUCAUUUAGAAUGGAAAACAUCCCCAAAUUUAUCAUUAUAAACUAGUCAGCCUUGACUACACAAAAUUGACCUUUAAGUUGCUUGAGAAAAGCACAAUGCAAAUCAUUCAGAAGGGUCAACAUCCUUUGGUGCUAAAAUCUUGUGUAUGUUUUCAGAAUGGCUUUUUCUGUAUGUCAUAGAAUAAUCACUAAAGGAAAGGUAGUUGAAUUUAAAGUCAUGAAGCAAGACUCUUUAAUUCAGUUAUUUUAAACAAGAAUUAAAGCCCCAAACAUCCUUGGCAGGCUUUGAAGCACAUGGAAUUUUCUAGUAUUUCUUAUUAAAUACACCAAUAAUAAACAUAUACCUAGUUUACCUGAUGAGUUUAGACAUAAUUCUAUAUAAUGUUCGCUUAUAUUCAUUUAUUAACUAGCAACACUUGUGCAAGAACAAGGUGUUCUGCUUGAAAACACUGAUUUUUAAGUUCCUGUUGCCCGAUUAUGAAGAAAAUCAUCUGACACAGAAGCCUGGAUUUUGCUCUCCUAACACUGGUAUUUUCCUUGAGCCUCUAAUUCAAAUAAAACAAACUGAUACACCUUACAGCCUUAUUCAGCUGUGUCUGGAUAACUCACUUUUCGUCUAUUGAAUAAGUGUUUAAACUUAAUAAAAAAAAAUUGUGCACCAAUUACUACAGACCCUUGAAACAGUAAGCCUUGGAUUUUAGUCAAGUAAUCCAGUUUUUUUUAAUUUAAAAAAACCAUCACCUUUUAAAGAACUUUAAAAACACCUGUGAUGCCAAUGUGGACACUGCUGCUGCCAUGUCUUUACACGCAUGUGUCGUAUAGCUCUGUCAUCGAGUUGAGGAAGCCCAUGGUUUGCAAAUAAGGGUGGGGGAAUCAAAAUUUCAAGAUGCAAAAAUAAAACAAAUAGUAAAACCCAUUUACAUGUAGGAAAGAAAACCUGAGCUUCAACCCAAUGUGCCACUUUGAUAUAAAACCAGUAUGAUAUAUAUAUAAACUGAAGAUAUAAAACAAGUAUGAUCUUGCCUUUGAAAUCAUAAAUGUUUGGAGUACCUGUUUUUUGCCAGUUAAGAUACAUAUCUUAUUAUCCUUGUUUUUUUUAAGCCUAUGCUCCUGUUUGAAGCUUUUCCUGUAAUUUAGGUUGUCUGUGAAAUACCUAUAACAUAUAAUUCCUAUAGAGUAUGCCACAUUUUUUUCUAAAUCAUUUCAAAUGAAGUUCUCUCAGAUUCUAGUUUUUGAGCUCGUCCACUAGAUCUGAAAAUAAAGCAUCCUUUCCUGAGUCCACUUGAACUAAUUGUGAAUUUGUUACUUAAUUUACUGGCAUCUUGAGAAACAAGUUUUGCUGUGGCAGGAAGGCUGUUUCAAGAGUUAGCAUUGCGUCUACUCUGGUAUGUGGAUGACAUUGCAUUAGGGUUAUUUCCUGUAUUACCAGUGCCCCCUUGUGGCAAUAUACUUUAUGACUUGGAAUGCAAACACCACUUUUAAAAGCCUGUUUUCAAGUUUUUGAAAGGCAUUUGUUUUCUGUUGUUUGCCAAUAAUCUGAAAGUAUCAUGUGAAAAGAAUUAUUUUAAAAGCAUUUUAAACCUUUCCCAAAGGUAAAAUGUGCUCAGAUUAUAGGCACUUGUAAUUCUAACCUUGUAUCCAUUUGAUCAAAGAAAAUUUGUAGAACAUUUUUACCUCUCAUGAUCACAAUCAUUAGUGUCUCCCUUUAUAACGACCUAUGUUUUGUUUACUUUGAAACACCAAAUUUGUUGUCUUGGUUUUUUUUACAUUACAGAACUCAUGCAGUUUCUUUUUUAAUUGAAAGUUCACAUCUUGCCCCUUGAAUAGUUUGAACAUUUCUUUCUUAAUUCUUUUUUGUUUUUGUUUUGCACUGUAAAACUGAUGAAAACUUUAAGCCAAUCUUAAUGCACUAGCAUCUGUAGUGUAAGGAAGUGUGAGAAGGAAUUUCUUAAUGAGUUUACAUGUUUAAAUCAAGCAUAUUAUAAGUUAUAUGCCAUGUAUUGAAGGCUUUUCUAUUUAUAUAUAUAUUUUUAGUAUUUGUUUUUAAUGUCCUUGUGUUGCAAUAAUUUAACUACUUUGACUCAGUUGCUGAAAAUAUUUCUUCUAUUAAGAAGUGCUCUUGACUUCAACACCCAAACACUGAAAAUCAUGUCAAUGGUACCCAAAGAUAAGUUUUUAUACAGAUACACACCUUAUAAAUUCUGAUUUAUUUUCUUACUCAUUAUGCUGUGUUCUAAAUAAAUCAUGAAUGAGAAGAGUGCUUUAUUGUGGAAUUAUUUAAAACUGUCCUUUAAAAGAAAAAGAGAAAAUGAUGAACAAAAACUAAUCUAAUUGCCAAGUUGGAAUUCAUUAUUUAAUUUACCUCCUAUGCAAUGAUUAAUGCUGCAAAAUGUAUGGUUAUGUUACCGUAUAUUCACAAAAGAAAUAUUAUUACAAGGUUUCAGAGGUAGCCAAUUGCAUUCUUUUGGAAAUUUACUGUACUGUUUCAAUGUGUUAAGUGCCUUGUUGUAAAUUAAAAUUUUAAGUCUAGAUUCAUUAUUUUCCUGACAUAUAUUUUUCAUUAUGAUAUCUACUGUAUGCUAUUGUGAUAGUUUUAUGAAAUGCUUACAUUUUAAUCAAAUAUGUAAAUUUCAGAAGCUCUUUUCUCCUACCCACCAGUACCUUAAUCAUUGGUUCAUCACAUUGGAUUCAAAUUCAGGUUCCUUUUUUGAUAAAGAGGAAAUUUGUUUUCCAUGCUUGUGAUUUUGUGUUUGUAAACAUUUCAGGAGGAAUUUAGGAGUGUAACUAUAGUUUAUACUUCUAUAAUGUUGUCUUACAUUUACAUUUUUAAGUGCCUAAUUGUUAAAACUGAUUUAUGUUUCUCUUCUAAAGAGGAUAUGUGUACUUGGUUUCUAAUCUCUUUGGUUUUGCUUUUUAAAAAAUGCAAGAGCCUAUACUUUGUAUUUACCUAAUAAACCACAGUGACAUCAACAGUCUUUUCAAAAUUAA